AUGUCGAGUGUGAAGAUGAUCGGCGUGAUAGGCGGUGGUCAGAUGGGAUCAGGAAUAGCCCAACUCACCGCCAUGCACGGCAUCGAUGUCUGUCUUCUAGAUGUCGACUCUCAAGCUCUUUCAACUGCUUCCUCUUCCAUCUCUUCUUCCAUCAACCGUCUCGUUUCCAAAUCUCAAUUAUCCCAGGCUACGGCCUCUGAAGCUCUCAAACGACUGCGUUUCACCACUAAUUUAAACGAUCUCUCACAUGCUGAUUUCAUUAUUGAAGCUAUUGUUGAAUCCGAAGAGGUUAAAAAAUCUAUGUUUCUUCGAUUAGACGAGAUUGCUAAGAGUUCUGCAAUUUUCGCUUCUAAUACCAGUUCCAUUUCCAUCACUCGUUUGGCAUUUUCUACCUCAAGGCCAAAACAGGUGAUAGGAAUGCAUUUUAUGAACCCCCCACCAGUUAUGAAAUUGAUUGAGAUUGUGCGAGGUGCUGAUACUUCUGAUGAUACAUUUGCUGCUACAAAAGCACUCUCACAGAGGCUUGGCAAAACAGUAAUAGCUUCCCGGGAUUACUCAGGCUUCAUAGUGAACAGAAUCCUUAUGCCUAUGAUAAAUGAAGCAUUUUAUACUCUAUACACUAAUGUUGCAACCAAAGAGGAUAUCGACACGGGAAUGAAGUUGGGUACUAACCAUCCAAUGGGCCCUUUAGAGCUUGCAGAUUUCAUUGGGUUGGAUGUAUGCUUGUCUAUAAUGAAAGUUCUUCAUGCUGGCCUUGGGGACAAUAAAUAUGCACCUUGCCCUCUACUUGUGCAGUAUGUAGAUGCUGGCAGACUUGGAAGAAAACGGGGUAUCGGCGUGUAUGACUAUAGUAAAGAAAAGUCUUCAAAGUCGUCUUCUCGUCUUUAA